AAACGAACCUCCAGCAGUCAGUCAACAUGGCUUCGUUGUGGAAAGUUGGUGGUAUUACCGUGGGUGUGCUGGUUGUAGUGGGGGUGGUUGUAGGGAGUAUCACAUGGGCUGUCCUGGCCAGCCGGGGACCCUCGGCCCCAGAGCUGCGAGAGCUGGACUGGUGGGAGAACACCGUCAUCUAUCAGAUAUAUCCCAGGUCUUUUAAAGACAGCGACGGCGAUGGAGUCGGAGAUUUGAAAGGCAUCACCAGUGAAAUAGAACACUUCGUGGAGUCUGGCGUGGGAGCUAUUUGGAUGUCUCCCAUCUUCCCGUCUCCUAUGGUGGACUUCGGAUACGACAUCAGCGAUUUCUACGACAUUCAUCAUGAGUACGGAACCAUGGCGGACUUUGAGGAGCUGGUGGAAAGAGCUCAUCAAAAUGGCAUAAGAGUACUGCUUGACUACGUGCCCAACCACGCGAGCACGGAGUCUGAAUACUUCAUCAAGUCGGAGGCGAGGGAGCCAGGGUACGAGAACUACUUCGUAUGGGCAGAUCCUGUGCUGCCUGACGGUAACAAUCAGAGCAUCAGGCAGGUGCCUUCUAACUGGCUAAGCCAAUUCGGCGGAACCGUGUGGGAAUGGAGCGAGAUACGCCAACAGUAUUACCUCCAUCAGUUCGCCAUAGAGCAAGCAGACUUCAACUUCAGAGAGCCUGCAGUCAGGCAGGAGAUGCUUAAGAUCAUGAGAUUCUGGUUCGAAAAAGGAGUCGACGGUUUCCGUCUAGAUGCGCUUCCUCAUCUCUUCGAAGCCAACCCGGACGAUCACGGUGGUGUAUACCCUGACGAGCCUCUGAGUGGCAAUAUGUGGUUGAACCCUGACCAAAUCGGUUACACUACGCAGUUGUACAUCAGAGAUUUAAUUGAAUUGUACGACGUUGUUUAUGAAUGGAGAGAUUUUGCCGAUUCUUGGGUUAAACAAAAUGGAGCUGAUACCAAAAUACUCUUAGCAGAAGCGUAUGCUAAUAUCUCCAUGACGAUGCUGUACUACGGAGAUGAGAGGAGUCGUGUGGGCGCUCAUUUCCCUUUCAACUUCGACUUCAUCACCAGUCUAUCAGCGGGGUCUAAUGCUAGAGAUUUCGCUUACGUCAUACGCCGGUGGAUGACUUACAUGCCUAGUGGGAAUGUGGCUAACUGGGUGUUUGGAAACCACGACAACAACAGGAUGCCAUCAAGAUUCCGCACUGACAUGGUAGACGGGCUUAAUGCCCUCAAUAUGCUUCUCCCAGGAGUAGCUAUCACCUACCAGGGUGAGGAAAUCGGGAUGCGAGACGGCUAUGUCAGCUGGGAAGACACUGUUGACGUCCAAGCCCUAAACCAGGGUAAUGCUUCCAACUACCUUCAGUAUUCACGAGACCCAGCACGAACGCCUUACCAUUGGGACAGUUCUACCAGUGCUGGUUUCUCGACAAACCCUAAAACCUGGUUGCCAGUGGCUGAGGAUUAUACAACCAUCAAUCUUCGAGCUCAGAAGCUAGUAGAUCGAAGUCAUUACAAGGUCUACCAACUCCUGACCCGCCUUCGAAGUACAGCAACCCUCUCCCACGGAAGCUACCACGUCGAAGCACUCAAUCAGAACGUUCUCGUCUUAGUGCGCCAUCUGGUGACCUACGACACCUACUCCUUAGUGUUCAACGUGGGUACUGAAGCGGAUACCGUGGAUCUCGCCAAGAUCUCGUUACUCCAAGAACCACUCAGCGUGUAUACUUCUAGUAUCCAUUCUAGGAGAGUGAAUGGAGAUACGGUGCCCCUGGGAGAAGUGACGCUGCAGCCUGGCGAAGCUUUAGUACUACGAUCUCCAUCAGCAUAGUAGAUUAUACAAAUAUUGUGUUUAAGUAAU